GCGCAGAGUUGUCAAUCUGAGUUGCAAUGGCGGGCAAACAUAUAGCAGAGAUAACAAAAGCGAAAUCAAGAACGAAGAAGAAGAACAAGAAUGGAGGAGGAGCAGGUAAUCAUCAAGAGAAUGGGAAGGUAACUAAGCCGACUAAAAGGAUUCAGAAAGAUGAUUCUAGAAAUAAGAAGAAGAUUGUUAAUGUCAUUGUCGAUAAACAAGAACGCGAUGACGACGUUGUUAUCAUUCCAGAUUCGGCAUCGGAAUCCCAAUCUGAAAAGCAAAACCUACAAGGAUAUGAAAACAGAGAGGUGGCGUCCGACACUGAAGACGAUGAUGUUCAUCAAGGCAAUGGAGAGGAAGAUGAGGAAGUUGAAAGCCUCAAAAUCCAGAAUCUGAUCUCCACGAAAGAAGGAAACGAUACAAAGAAGAAGAAGAAGAUUAACGAAACUGCUGCUAUGUAUUCUUUUCCGAUGCAUCGUGUAAGCCGUAUGAUUAAAGCGGAUGAUCCAGACAUUCGUAUUACUCAGGAGGCCGUCUUCCUCAUCAAUAAAGCUUCCGAGAAGUUUCUUAAACUAUUUACCAAAGAGGGUUAUGCUUUUUCUUCCCUUGAGAAGAAGAAACAUGUUGAAUACAAGCACUUAUCCUCUGUUGUUUGUAAGAAGAGGAGGUUUGAUUUUCUUUCAGAUUUUGUUCCUGAGAAGGUGAAAGCUGAGAAUGCACUUACAGAAACACCAACAGACAAUCCUUGAGCAAAAUGGAAGUAGUAGUGUUCUAGAUUUGGUCAUUUUUUAACUUAUAAAUAUGACUCUGAUUAUUACAGUUCUAGUUGUGGGAUCUUCUUCAGUUUAUUACAUGUUGUAACAACUUAAUUCUGAGCUAAAUAUAUGAAGAGAUGUUGUCUUUUGA